AUGUCUGCGGUCAGCUUGCAGGACUACGUGGACAGUGUGCUGCCGGAGGAGCAGUAUGCUGACUGGGCGAUUGUGAACCAUCGCAAACGUAAAGUUUUGGCCGCCAAACGAUGGGGCUGGCUGGGACACUUGACCCGCCAAGAAGUGAAGACUUUGCUGACAGGUGACCGAGAGGCCAUUCAGACCCAAGGCCUUACUCUCGGCGGAAUGCAGUGCUCACUCAUCCGGGACAACAUGGGCACGCCCGGCGAUCGCUCGAUGGACCUCCGCACAAAGCCAAGGCCUGGCCGUGGCGUGGCGGUGCGCCGCUCCAGACGGGUCCUUGUUCUGCUCGUUGGUCAGCGCGGCGUCCACGGUGCUGUCCUUCAUCAGAUGGCGUACAAGAUAGCUUCUAAUAUCGACGAUGGCGAUUCACAGAUAAUCCAAUAA